GUGCGAUCGUCCAUAAUGACAGGAUGCAGCCGACAAUAAACGUAAACAGCACCUUCAAGCCAGACUAUGAACCUCAGGUGUGUUGUUAGUGGAAAAUUAACUGCUGGAGUCCAAAACCACACCCAGGUUCAAAAUAUACAAUUACCCUGUGUCAUAGAGAGAUAUUAUGUCAUCUCACGUCAACUGAGUUCAAACUGCAGCUGAAGACACAUCAUCCUCAAAUCACCGCUAUUUCACACAUGGAGAGAAGCGGACUGAGGGGGAGGAAUAACUGAACGGACGCUAGAGUUUCCACUUUUACAGCUCUCCCUGCAACAUUUUUCUACUUAUUGAUGCUGAGGACAGGAGUGGAUCAGCUCUCUACGAUGGCGUCCUCAGGUUACAUAUUACCAGAUGUCCAACUGCAGUGCACCGUCUGCCAGCAGGUGUUCACCGACCCAGUGACCACUCCCUGCGGACACAACUUCUGCCAGGCCUGCAUCCAGGGUGUUUGGGACAGCGGCGAUGUGUGCCUGUGCCCCAGCUGCCAGCGGUGCUUCACCCCGCGGCCUGAGACGUGCGUCAACGCGGCCUUCAAGGAGCUGACCGACGCCUUCAGGGCGAUGCUGGCCUGCUCGUGGGCCCUGCCGCUGUCCACGGCCAGGCCCGGCGAGGUGGUGUGCGACGUGUGCGCCACCGCCUCCCUGCAGGUGAGGGCGCAGAAGUCCUGCCUCGUGUGCCUGACCUCGUACUGCGACGUCCACUUGGAGCCUCACCAGAGAGUGGCCACGCUGAAGCUGCACAGGCUGAUCAACCCGGCGGGGGACCUGCAGGACCGCAUGUGUGGGAAGCACGAGCGGCUGCUGGAGAUGUUCUGCAGGGACGAGCAGAAGUGCGUGUGCCGGUUCUGCAUCGAGACGGAGCACAAAGACCAUGAGGCUGUGACGGUGGAGGACGAGAGCCGAGAGAGGCAGGUCCAAAUGGAGAAAACCAAAGAGGAUUUUCAACAAAUGAUCCAAGAGCGACUGAAGAAAGUGGAGGAGAUCAAAACCUGUGUAAAGCUCAGCGCAGCGAGCGCAGAGAAGGAAAUGAGCAUGAGCGAGCAGCUCUUCACCUCCCUGGUUCACGCCAUCAAAGAGAGACAAACUGAGGUCAAGGAUGCGUUAAAGAAGAAGCAGGAGGCAGCGGAGAGGAGGGCGGAGGAGCUGAUCAGGGAGCUGCAGCAGGAGGUUACUGAGCUGCAGAGGAGGAGCACUGAGCUGGAGGAGCUGAGGAACACCAACGACCACUUGCACCUUUUACAGAUGUUCCCUACUCUUACAUCACCUCCACCUACCAGAGAGUGGGUGGAGAUCGGCAUCCACCCUGACGUGUGCGUGGGGACUGUGAGGAGAGCACUGUCUAAAGUGGACAUCAGCCUGCAGACUGAGCUGGACAGCCUGAAGUCAGACGAGAUGAAGAAGAUGCAGAAAUAUGCAGCUGACGUGGUGUUAGAUCCGGACACCGCUCAUCCAAACAUCGUCCUGUCAGCUGACGGCCUGCAGGCAGGGCGCGGUGAGCUGCUGCACAUCGUCCCCGACAACCCGCAGCGCUUCGACCCCGUCAUCUGCGUGCUGAGCAGGAGAGGCUUCCUGUCGGGGAGGUUCUACUUCCAGGUUGCAGUGGGGUCAAAGACCUUCUGGGACAUCGGUGUGGUCAGAGAGUCCGUCAGCAGAAAGGGCAUGAUCACCUCCAAGCCAGAAAACGGCUUCUGGACCGUGCGUCUGAGGAACGGAAACGAGUACCGCGCUCUGGACUCCCCCUCGGUUCUUCUCCCUCUUAAGGCCAGGCCUCAGAGUGUCGGGGUCUUCACAGACUACGAGGAGGGGACGGUAUCGUUCUUCGACGUGGACACCCGCUCCCACAUCUACACCUUCGCUGGGUGUGCGUUCUCCGAGCGGAUCUUCCCCUUCCUCAGCCCGGGCGUCAGCGAUGAUGGGAAGAACACGGCACCGCUGAUCAUCACAACUGUGACGCAGGAGGCUUGAAGAAUAAACUGCACUUCCUCUGCUUCUAUGACCCGAGCAGAUAAUUCAGUGUAUGUUGGUUUUCCCUCCAGCCAGGUUUUCUCUGAUUAUGUGAAUGUUCCCACUUUGAGCAAAUUUAUUCAGUUUUUCUGAUUAUUAAUAAAGUGAUGAUACCGACUACUGUAUUUCAACCAGUAUUUCUACAGAGAUCAGUUCUUUGAAUAAAGGAACAAUUUCUUAAA